CUCCGUGAACGCUGCAACGGCCGGGAAUUCCGCUCCGCGCACUGACAUGACAACAUACAAAUAAUUGUUAUUAUUGACAGAUUGAUGAUACGUGAGGUGGAAUUUGGACGGCGUGUGUCCGUACGUGAUCGUGAGCGCGCUCGGUGAUCCUGAGCGCCGCGAGCCGAGCCCAUCGAGGAGCUGUCAAAUUUCGCGGGAGCUUCAUUCAGCAAAGACGAGAUUUUUUCCGUCAAACUUGCGAUCAGCGUGGAAAUAUAGGUUAUGUGAGUCGAGUGUGGGAGAGUGAACUCGUCGCGUAUCCUCGCUCUCUCGCGGCCGCCUGUGACGAGUUUCCUCCGCCCGCGAUGGGCCAGGGUACGGAGACGUGCGCCGACCGACCCACGGAGGUCAGCGUCAUCAGAUUCGUCUCGCGGAAUCGCACCAUCGAGGAAAUCGCGCCGAAAAAGGAAGUAUAUACUUGCAAACAACGAGGUUGCGGUAAAAUAUUCACUAAUCAAGAUGAAUAUAAGACACAUGAAGUGCUGGAGGCUUUAAAGAUUCGAUUUAUUUGUCGCGAACCAGGCUGCGGAGAAGAAUUAUCAGAUCCAGGUAGCAUGUGGCGACAUUAUCAAGAAUGGCACAACAAUGAAACAAACGUUUUUGCAUGUCCAUAUACCAAUUGCGGAUCUUUGCACACUACAAGUAGUAAUCUUGAGGAGCAUAUUGAAAGUUGUCAUAGACAACCACCUACACUGCCAAUGGAGCCUGAGAUAAUUUGUUUCGAAGGCCCCGAAAAUGCGAUAGAUGAAGAAGGCAUGCAAAAGACUGAGGAAGGAUGCUAUGAAAAACUGCCAAGUGAAAAUUUUACUUUAAAGGAAGAAUACGGAAGUAACGAGGAAAGCUGUCAUAUUAGGAACGACACUAAAAUUCAGGCAAAAAAUGACUUUUGUCAUGAGCAGAAUAAGCUCACAGCUCUUACAAAGAGCGAAGAUUAUUCAAAUAACGAGUCUUUGAAUGGUAUUAAUAAGUUCUCUAAAAAUGAGGAUCUGCUUAUAAUUAAGGAUAAUUUCUUAAGAAAAUACGAUACUGUGACACCAAAAUGUGAGGAAAUUCUUCAAGAAUGCACGCAAGACAAGAAUAAUGUUGUUUAUAUAAACGGUGACAUAACUAUCACGAAAAAUAUGAAAACGGAAGUGUUAUUCGGUAAUGUAAAUUUACGAAAUCAAGAGCACAGAAUAGAUUUGGGUAACUUGGAGCGAGUUUUUCGGAAUGGUUUCGAACGUGAGAACUCGAAGAUCGAGGACGGAUCGAUAGAAACGAACAGCAAUUGUUCGGACGACGAAGAAUACACUCCGAAGAAACAACGUAUGUCUAGGUAUAAACAGGAAACAUAUAAAUGCGAUAUCAACGGUUGCGGGAAGAAGUACAAAUACAUAUCACACUAUCGUCAUCAUCAAGACAGUCAUAAAUUAGUUACAAAUACAAUUAAUUCGAAUACUGGUAAACAAGUACUGAAGGUAAAGCAAGGAAAGGCAUCCACUGUCAGCUUCUUCAUAUGCAAAAUACCUGGAUGUGGUGCACAAGAAAAUAAUGUAACUAGCUUGUGGAAACAUUAUCAGGAUAUUCAUGCCAAUUCCAAGUCGUCAGUCGUACAAACUGCCAAGAACAAUGAAGUAUUUCGAUGCAAAGUACCGGGAUGCGAGCUAGAAUUUAAUACAACAUUAAUGUUAUACAAGCAUUUCAAUGAGAUUCACUCCAAUAGUUCCAUUAGCAACACAAACGGAAAGACUGGCAACGGGGGUAGCUUUCAUUGCACUGAGAUAUUCCAGGAGGACGCUACUACCCAGCAGGCAAAUUUUAAGACUGAUUUCAAAGCCAAGCAUAAUAUUAAUCUGACUGACUAUACUGAAAGUGGUGACGAACAUACCACUCACAUUGCUAAUAGUUAAAGAGGAAUUUUUCUCGAAUGACGUAAAUAUAUCUUGCGAAGGGAAUCUCGCAAUCUGCUUGGAUUAUUGAAUAGUUAAAAGGCACAAUUGAUUCAGAGUAUUUUACAAAGAUCAUUAUUUAGGCAGAAUCUUAAUCGAGUAAAACGCUUUAAGCUUGUAUGUUUGGUCUGUAAUUGAUAACUGCUGUUAGCUAUGAUUCAUAGAAUCUUUUAGUAGUGAUAAGUGUGACAUGAACUUUGUAGAAUACUCUGACAUUGAUCGGUAAACAUUGUCGGUAUGUAAGAAAAUUUAUUGAACUGCCCGGUGAAUGCUGCUGCGGAACAACAGUUCAGAAUUAAGAGUCUAAAAGUAUACAUUUCAUAUAUAUAUAUAUAUAUAUAUAUAUAUAUAUGUAUAUAUAUAUAUAUAAUGUAUACUUUAUAUAUAUCAUCCUAUACUAAGAGUUUCUCGUUGCUAUAAAUAAGAGGCUAAAUCCGCUGCAGCAAUAUGCACCUGUAAUAACAAGACUUUUAAAUCUCUUUCUGUACUGAUUUUUACUAUUUUAUAUUGUCAUUUUUAUGUAACUUAUAUUCUCUCUAUAACGAUAUAUAUAUAUAUAUAUAUAUAUAAUUAUAUAUAUGUAGUUAUUACUAUAGAUAUCUCCUAAUAAUAUAAGUAUUGUAUAGCAUUUUUAUUUGUAUGUCUGUACGUUUAAAAAUAAAGUGCAAUAUUAGACAA